GCAUGCGCCGAGCUGGCAGACCAGCAUCGUCGGCUGGGAAAUGGCGGCCGCGGGCCUGGUCGCUGUGGCGGCGGCUGCCGAGUACUCCGGCACGGUCGCGUCCGGAGGUAACCUCCCCGGUGUUCACUGCGGCGCAGGCUCCGGGGCCGGCCCUGGUUCUGGCCCGGGCUCAUGGAGCCGCUCUCUCGACCGAGCGUUGGAGGAGGCGGCGGUCACCGGGGUGCUGAGCCUGAGCGGCCGGAAACUGAGGGAGUUUCCCCGGGGAGCUGCCAACCACGACCUGACGGACACCACCCGGGCGGACUUGUCACGAAAUCGUCUUUCAGAAAUUCCUAUAGAAGCAUGUCACUUUGUUUCUCUUGAAAAUCUCAACUUGUACCAAAAUUGUAUUCGGUAUAUUCCAGAGGCAAUUCUAAACCUACAAGCUCUAACAUUCUUAAAUAUUAGUCGGAACCAACUGUCAACAUUGCCGGUACACCUGUGUAAUUUACCAUUGAAAGUCUUAAUUGCUAGUAAUAACAAAUUGGUGUCACUUCCAGAAGAAAUUGGACACCUCAGACAUUUGAUGGAACUUGAUGUGAGCUGCAAUGAAAUUCAAACUAUCCCUUCCCAAAUUGGUGACCUGCAGGCCUUGAGAGACCUUAAUGUAAGAAGAAAUCACUUAGUACAUUUACCUGAAGAGCUGGCAGAGUUGCCUUUGAUACGGUUAGACUUCUCAUGCAAUAAAAUUACCGUAAUCCCUGUUUGUUAUCGGAACCUCAGGCACCUGCAGAUGAUCACCCUGGAUAACAAUCCACUACAGUCACCUCCUGCACAGAUAUGUAUAAAAGGCAAAAUCCACAUAUUUAAAUACCUGAACAUACAAGCUUGUAAGAUUGCUCCAGAUCUGCCAGAUUAUGACAGGAGACCAUUGGGUUUUGGCUCCUGCCAUGAAGAACUGUACUCAAGUCGCCCUUAUGGAGCCCUUGAUUCAGGCUUCAAUAGUGUGGACAGUGGUGAUAAGAGAUGGUCAGGGAAUGAACCUACAGAUGAAUUUUCAGAUCUGCCUCUUCGAGUAGCAGAGAUUACUAAAGAACAAAGACUACGAAGAGAAAGCCAGUACCAAGAGAAUCGGGGCAGUUUAGUAGUAACAAAUGGUGGAGUGGAACAUGAUCUGGAUCAGAUUGACUACAUAGACAGCUGUACUGCAGAGGAAGAAGAGGACGAGGUGAGACAGCCCAAGGGACCGGACUCAGACAGCCUUAGUUCACAGUUUAUGGCAUAUAUUGAACAGCGGCGAAUCUCUCAUGAGGGUUCACCAAUAAAGCCGGUAGCCAUUAGGGAAUUUCAAAAAACAGAAGAUAUGAGAAGAUAUUUACAUCAAAACAGGGUUCCAGUUGAGCCAUCUUCUCUCUUGUCACUAUCACCAAGUCACAAUCAGCUGUCACAUACAGACUUGGAGCUUCAUCGGAGAAGAGAACAGUUAGUAGAGCGCACUCGGAGAGAGGCACAGCUUGCUGCCCUGCAAUAUGAGGAGGAGAAAAUAAGGACCAGGCAGAUCCAGAGAGAUGCCGUCCUGGACUUUGUCAAACAAAAAGCAUCACAAAGUCCACAAAAACAGCAGCCCCUCUUAGAUAAUGAGUGCCCCUUCCCAUCCAGAAGGUCUCAGCACACUGACGAUAGUGCCUUGUUAGUGUCGCUGUCAGGGUUGAAUCAAGUGGGCUGUGCUGCUACCCUGCCUCAUUCUUCUGCCUUCACACCUCUUAAGGUUGAUGAUAGACCUAAUGCUCUAUUAAGUUCAUCUACAACAGAAACAGUUCAUCAUUCCCCUGCGUAUUCUUUUCCUGCUGCUAUCCAGAGAAAUAAGUCUCAGCGCCCUGAAAGCUUCCUUUUCCGAGCAGGUGUCAGGGCAGAAACAAACAAAGGUCAUGCUUUACCCCUUCCUCCAUCUGCUCUACCUGCCACUGAGUCUAUAGAUUCCAUAACAAGACAGAAUUCAAGAGAGAGAGAAGAAGAGCUGGAAUUAAUAGAUCAGUUGCGUAAACAUAUUGAGUACCGGUUGAAAGUAUCCCUGCCUUGUGACCUGGGAGCAGCUCUAACUGAUGGCGUUGUUCUCUGCCACUUGGCCAAUCAUGUGCGACCUCGAUCUGUCCCAAGCAUUCAUGUUCCUUCACCAGCUGUACCUAAAUUAACAAUGGCGAAAUGCAGGCGAAAUGUGGAGAAUUUCCUAGAAGCUUGUAGAAAAAUUGGUGUACCUCAGACAGUUGGGUAAAAGCGGAAUCAGACAUUACAGGAAUUACUGAAGUUUUAAUGCAUUGCUGUUACUAAGACAAUGAACUGCUUGGUUCUGCUGUGAAAGAGCAAGAAGAAUGAAUCUUCACAGGACUACCAGAAACUUCUUUACAGCAAGGUAUGAGAAAGCCCUAAGUCAAUGGUACAAUCCUAAAUCAGAGAGUGAAAUCAGCAGGCUUCGCCUGGGAAACAACCUGUAGAUGAGUCACCUGUGAUGGUACAAGGUGCUUCUUACUCUCUCCACGCCCUUCCCACCUCCAGAGACCAGAGGAAAAGACAGAAGACAACGUGGUCACUUCUUGCCUCUCUUCCUCCCCUUGCCUUUGCCUUUUCCUUUUGAAUCCUUGCUGUCAACUUUGUCUUUAGGCAUCCUGAAACCACCAAUUUCCUUCCGUAUCAUAGUGCCUCGCCACCAGGCCUGGAUCUGGAAGAGGAAAGGGGGUGAGUACAAUGUAAGUUGUACUCACUCACAGAGCGCCUGACAAGCUGCGUUCUGUCCACGUGAAGGAUUGUUAGUAAAGUACCUUCUGUGUGAAAAACGGUCUCUGUGCAGCACAUGGAAGUGGCAAGGCAUGUAGUCACUAUAGCCAUGCUCUCCCGUCGUGCAGGACCUGGAGCUUAAGCCAUGAACUCCAGUGCAGUUCUCAAGGAGUAAAAAUGAAAGGAAUCUGACUUGGCCUGUUUUUUCUUCAUACUUGGAAAUCUGACUUCCGCCGGGCACAGUGGUUCACACCUGUAAUCCCAACACUUUGGGAGGCACUUGGCAUUGUCUACAUUUUUGGCCGAGUGUUUGCCUUUGCCCUUGGCCCAGGUAGCUGGUAGGUAUGGGUAACCUGGCCUUUCUUCAAGGAAAGCAGUACAAGGAAGUCAGAUUUCCUUUUUUUUUUUUUUUCUUGAGACAGAGUCUCGCUCUGUCGCCAGGCUGGAGUGCAGUGGUGCAAUCUCAGCUCACUGCAGUCUUCACCUCCUGGGUUCAAGUGAUUCUCCUGCCUCAGCCUCCCGAGUAGCUGGGAUUACAGGCGCACGCCACCUCACCCAGCUAAUUUUUCUAUUUUUAGUAGAGAUGGGGUUUCGCCAUGUUGGCCAGGCUGGUCUUGGUCUCCAGACCUCGUGAUCCCCCCACCUCAGCCUCCCAGCGUGCCGGGACAUUACAGGCGUGGGCCACCGUGCCCAGUUAAUACUGCUUUAACUUUUUGCUUACAAGUAUUUUGUGUGAUCUGUGACCUGCGGUUUCACCAUCACCGAUAUAUACAAGUUCAUGUAUAACUAAAAAAAAAAAAUCUACAUUUUUCUAACCUGCUGCUUAUCCUUCCCACCUAAGCAGCUUGUAUCAGAACCAAGCAGAUAGGUGGGGCUGAUUUAUAAGCAGGUUUUUCAGAAGUAGUAACAUAUUAAAAAGACUCUGUCAAGAGCUGGUUUUGGUUAGACAUAGUAUUCUCACAUUUCAUCUCCAGGCCCAGGUUUUGCUUCCACUGCUAACCACUUGUUUUUCCCCAAAUGAAAAGCUGGGGGCACAUCUUUAUAACUGUCUCCCUGCACCAUGGACUGUGUUGGCAAAUUCUAAUAAUGACAGAAGUCCAUGCUGCUUCUCAGAUCUCCAGUUUCUUGGUAAGCCAAGAUGCGUCUGAUAAUGAAUGAGAGAUGCUUCUGUGCUCCUCAGUGUUAGGCCGGCUGUGGCGAGAUACUGAUGAUGGUCUUUACCUUUAUGACGCUCUUUAAUUCCAAGAGAUCCUGUUCUACCUUCUUCCUGCUCUUCUCCUUUUCUAUACGAUCUUCAGUGAUGAUCUGUUCAUACUCUCUUAUCUGCAAGGGUAGCCAUUAUAGACAUUAGUCAUUUAUUACUGUGCUCUCUUGGCUAAGCUGCAGCCCAGUCAGCCCUGUGCUUUUAAUAUAAAAUUUCAAAAUAAAAUAUGCCAAAUCUAAAGAUAAACCAAAGAAAAAAAUUUAGUAGAUACCUAGAUUGUAAAUAUUCACAUACUGACUUUAUAAUUAUUCCCAAAACUUUUCAGUUUUAAUAAUUCAAUUGUUUUGUUUCAUAAGAAAUGAAAUAUGAAUCAAAUAUGUCAUUAACGACCUCAGAAUAAUAUUGCUUUUUAAAAAAACGUUGGGGGAAUGUACAUAUACAAAUAGUAGCUGUUUUUUGUUGUUGUUUUGAGGCAGUCUCUAUCACCCAGGCUGGAGUGCAGUGGUACAAUCUUGGCUCACUGCAACUUCCAUCCUCCUGGAUUCAAGUGAUUCUUGUGCCUUCCUCUCCUGAGUAGCUGGAAUUACAGGUGUGUACCACCAUGCCUGGCUAAGUUUUGUAUUUUUAGUAGAGAUGGUGUUUUGCCAUGUGACUUAGGCUGGUGGAAAUUUGGCCAGGCACAGUGGCUCACACUUGUCAUCCCAGGAGACCAAGGUGGGCGGAUCAUGAGGUCAGGAGACUGAGACCAUCCUGGCCAACGCAGUAAAAUCCCAUCUCUACUAAAAUACAAAAAACUACCCAGGCGUAGAGGUGUACACCUGUAGUCCCAGCUACUUGGGAGGCUGAGGCAGGGGAAUUGCUUGAACUGGGAAGCAGAGGUUUCAGUGAGCCAAGAUUGUGCCACUGCACUGCAGCCUGGCAACAGAGCAAGACUUUGUCCCAAAACAAAAAAUUUAGGAAGUCUGCACUUAUUCCAUAAUGAAACCAUAAUCACAGGCUUGUUAGAAAUCAUUGACAAAGUGUCUUCAGAGAUCAUAGUGUAGAAAUAAUAGUGUCUACCUCAAGGGAUUGUGCGGGUUAGAUACGUUAUAGAUUUAAAACACUAGAAAAGCGCCUUGGAGAGAGAGAGCGCUGUGUCAGUGUUAGCCACUGCUCUGUCCCAUCAGCAGCAGCAGCACCUAAAAAGAAUCCUGGCGGUUUAUAAGCACACCUCCACUUUUGCCCCAAAAUAGCAAUACCCAGCUACUGUAACUUCGUUCCCACUCACUAUGCAGUGAGCGCCCAGAGGACGUCCGUACCGUCUUUGCGAGGUCUUGAAGGUGUGCUAAGUCACUGGCCUUUGCCACUUUGAGAGCAUUUAGUUCAUUCUGUUUCAUUUCUGUGUCCUUAUCAUAUUUCUCCAUCCAGAACUCUAGCUUCUCCUCAAGUUUCUAUUUGGAAAGAACAUGAAAACAUGGCAUUCACCAGACACAAAACACUAUUCUGUAUGAUUCCACUUAUAUAAGUUUCAAGAAUAAGGAAAACUUUCUAUCGAUAGAAGUCACAGCAGUAGUUACUUAUCUGGAUGGAGAGUUGGGCUACUGAUUUCGGAUGCUGUGAAUGUUCUCUGUACCUGUGUCCGGGUGGUGGUUAGAUGGAUGUGUACACAUAAAUGUCCAUCAAACUAUACACUAAGUACUUACACAUUUUAAGUUGUAUGUUAGUCAAUUUUAAAAUAGGGGAGGAGGGUCAUCUAGAUGUCUGGAUAGGGGAAGUUGCAAUGAAGAGGAAAGAAAAGUAUGUAGAAAAGUCUGAAGGUAAGGAAAAGCAUCAGCUAUCUCUUCUUUCCUAGUCAAGUAGGAUACAAUGUCUUCAAAAUUUUAAAAGAAAAUGAAUGUGAAUCAAAGACUGUACACCUAGCCAACCCAGCAUUCCAAUGUGAGGGAAGGAAAGACUAAACCCAGUCUUUCUGAAAGAGUUAUUCAAGGAUGUACUACUGUAGCAAAGUAAAAUGAAAGAUAUAUUAAGAAACGGAAAGGAACCAGCAAAACAUGCAGGGUAUGUGAUACUUUUUAAUCAGAAAUCCUAAUUCAGAAUUAAAACCACAAAGUAGGCAGGAUAAUCUGGUUGAAAGAGCACAGGCUCUGACGUUUCAAUUCCCAACUCUGGCACUGAAAGAAAGUUUACUUACAUUCUGUAAGCCUCUGGUUCCUUCAUAUAUAAAAUUCUAUACCUAGCCAAUAGUACAGUAUUACUAUUACAGUCAUAGUACAAACCUCGGAGGCUUGUUUUGAUGCUCAAGAUCAUUCUUGUACACCCACAGUGCACAUAUAUGUAUAUAAAAUGUCUGUAUAUAUCACUAUAUAUAUAUAUAAAAUGAAUGAUUUCAACAUGAGAUGAAGAGGGAGAGAAGAAAUAAGUGAAAUCUUUGCCUUAAUAAAGGCAAGAAGGUAUAAAUAUUGAUUAACCCUAGGCAGAUAAAUUUCAAAAGUGUAAAAAGAGAUGUUAACAUUUUAAGAGUUGUGUAGUAACAUAUAUACCAAAAUAGGCCGGGCACAGUGGUUCACACCUGUAAUCCCAGCACUUUGGGAGCCCGAGGCAGGUGGAUCACCUGAGGUCAGGAGUUUGAGAUCCACCUGACCAACAUGGAGAAAUACAAAAAUACAACAUUAGCUGGGCAUCUCUACUAAAAAUACAAAAUUAGCUGGACAUGGUGGUGCAUCUCUGUAAUCCCAGCUACUUGGGAGGCUGAGGCAGGAGAAUAGCUUAAACCUGGGAGGCAGAGGUUGCAAUGAGCUGAGAUCACAGCAUUGCACUCCAGCCUGGGCAACAAGAAUGAAACUUCAUCUAAAAAAAAAGCCGGGCGCGGUGGCUCAAGCCUGUAAUCCCACCAUUUUUUGGGAGGCCGAGGUGGGUGGAUCACGAGGUCAAGAGAUCGAGACCAUCCUGGUCGACAUGGUGAAACCCUGACUCUACUAAAAAUACAAAAAAUUAGCUGGGCAUGGUGGCGCGUGCCUGUAACCCCAGCUACUCAGGAGGCCAAGGCAGGGGAAUUGCCUGAACCCAGGAGGUGGAGGUUGCGGUGAGCUGAGAUCGCGCCAUUGCACUCCAGCCUGGGUAACAAGAGUGAAACUACAUCUCAAAAAAAAAAAAAAAAAUAUAUAUAUAUAUAUAUAUAUGAACAGUACAGAGGUGAUUAGCAUGACCACUGUGCAAGAGUGACACACAAAUUUGUGAAGCAUUCCAUAUUUGUGUACUUUCUAGAAACAAAAAAUUUAAAGGUUACCCCCAAAAGAACAGAAGUGUGUAACUUGCAGACUCCUAGACGAUGUACCUCGAGUGACACAUUGAGAGGUUACUUUAGGUGGUACGUAGCAUAUAAUGUUUUUAAAACAUGGCUAUAGUUAAUCAUUCUGAUUACACUAAGUAGGGAGGCUUGUGCCUGUAAUCCCAGCUGUUUGGAAGGCAGAGGUGGAAGGAUUGCUUGGGACCAGGAGUUUGAGGCCACCCUGAGCAACACAGUGAGACCCUAUUUCUGCAAAAAUGUUUUAAUUGGCCAGGUGUGGUGGUAUGCAUGUGUGGUCCCUAGCUACUCAGGGCUGCACAGGAUGAUUAUUUCAGCCCAGGAUUUGAGGGUGCAUUAGCUGUGAUGAGGCCACUGCACUCCGGCCUGGGCAAUGGAAUGAGAGCCAGUCUCUUAUAAAAUCACUCUGAUUAUGUUACAGUAACACGUCAGUUUGGUGCUGUCACGUCUCUUACAUCUUCUCUUCUUUUGUUAACAAGUUUUUGAAAACCCCAAAAAACAAAGAGGGAACAAGCUCCAGGCAAACAAAAGGGCUGGCUAUGAGGCAGUAACAUCGUUCGGUAUUUUUCGUAUUUCUAUUCACAUUAUUUUAUUCAUUUACUUUGAGAUAAGGUCUGGCUGUGACACUCAGACUGGAGUGCAAUGGCAUGAUAUUAGUUCACUGCAACCUCUGCCUCCAGGGCCGAGGUCAUCCUCCCAUCUCAGCCUCUUGAGUAGCUGGGACUACAGGUGUGCAACACCAUGUCUGGCUACUUUUUGUAUUUUUUGUUAGAGACAGGAUCUCACUCUGUUGCCCAGGCUGGUCUCAAGCUCUAUGUUCAAGCGAUCCACCCACAUCAGCCUCCCGAAUUGCUGGGAUUACAGGUGUGAGCCACCAUGCCCAGCCUAUUUAUACUAAUUUAUAUUUAUGGAAGGCGAUACUGGCUUUCCUUUUAUAGUAAUGAUAUAAAAAUCUUAAGUUAAAAUGAAUUGAUUUAUCUGUUUAGGCGAAUAAUUAGGUAGAAAAUAUUGGCCAGGUGCCAUCUCUCAUGCCAUAAUCCCAGCCAGCACUUUGGGAGGCUGAGGCAGGAGGAUUACUUGAGUCUGGGAGUUUGAGAUCAGCCAUGGCAACAUGGUGAAAAAAAGAAAAAUUAGCCAGGCACGGUAGCAUAAUAUACACCUACUAUGUGCCCACAAAAAUUAAAAGUUAAAAAAAAGUUUAGGAAAAAAGUUUUAAGACUAUAAAUCAAUUUACUAAUGAUCUAUUAAAAGAAUAACACAUUAUAAUUGGGUAAAGUUUAUCCCAAGAACUUGAAAAUGACUCAACAUCAGCAAAUCUAUUAAUGUGUUUCUUUAUUAACACAUUAAAGAAAACAAUAUCAUCUCAAUGAAUGAAAAAAAAUUCAUCUCAUAAAAUUGAGUACUUUUCCUGAUUAGAAAAAAAACUUUUAGCAAGACCAGACUAAAAAGGUACUUCCUGAAGUUGAUAGUUUAUAUACCAGAAAUCUACAGAGUAAACCUCACACUUGAUGAUUAAAAAAAGUAAAAAUAAAAACUCAUUUGUGCCAGUUACCGGUUUAUUGCCUGUCCGCUCCAAAUCCAUCUUUCUUUGCUUUGUGAAAAUGGAUGCUUGCUAUUAACAUUUUUCUUGCCAGCUGACAGAAUGAUAAACUGUGUCAGUAGAGGGCGCUGGAGGGACACAACAGGAAGGCUUCUCUUUGUUUCCCGGGGUUGCUAGCAGUGUGUGGGUGGGACACCCAGUGGCACUAGUUCACCUGCACGUUUUACUGAUGCCACAACAAGAGGGUUCUUGCUUGCCAUUCAAAGUUUCAGGGGUCUGUUCUUUUCCUCUGAAUGCUCUAACUUGCAUAUGAGAAACGAGGCAUGACUAUGAUGAAUUCAUGUGUAAUCCUGACCAAAACACCAGAACAAUGGUGGUGUAACCAAUAAUAGGAAAAUGAUGCCCAAUUGGGGUGCAGUGAUCUAACUUAUUCUAAUCAGGAUGAGUUAGACCCUAACUCCUGACCUCGUAAUUCGCCUGCCUCAGCCUCCCAGAGUGUUGGGAUUACAGGUGUGAGCCACCACGCCUGGCCUUGACUUAAUAUAUUUUAAGUCAUAAAUUAAGUCAUAAUUUAAAAAUUAUCAGUAUACAGCAAUAUAGGAAUCAAAAAAUUUUUUUUUCUUUUGAGAUGGAGUUUUGCUCUUGUUGCCCAGGCUGGAGUGCAAUGGCACAAUCUUGGCUCACCACAACCUCCACCUCCCGGGUUCAAGGGAUUCUCCUGCCUCAGCCUCCUGAGUAGCUGGGAUUACAUGAAUGGGCCACCACACCUGGCUAAUUUUGUAUUUUUAGUAGAGAUAGGGUUUCUCCAUGUUGGUCAGGCUGGUCUUGAACUCCCCACUUCAGGUGAUCAGCCCACCUCAGACUCCCAAAGUGCUGGGAUUAUAGGCAUGAGCCACCGUACGUGGCCAAAAAGUUUUCUCAUAUAAGCUCAAUGAUAAAAGCAGGAGACAAAGUUUUGCCUGUACUCUGUCAGAUUACAGCUAUAUAUCUAUUCAGAUGCAUGACCCUGAAAGAAAACAUGGGCUACAGUUUAUUGGACUGAAAGAAUGAUGGUUGAUUUUUCUUUAGAAAAAAUUAUUUUUCUUUCCUCGGUAUAAGUGGUGUAGAAAAAAAAAGCAGAGCAAAGCAUAGAAAAGUUUUGGUGACCCACCUGCUGCUCCUUUCUAAGGAACAUUUCAAUCUCCAUAUGAACCCGGGUCUCUUCUUCGGUUUUCAUCCUUAGCUUCUGUAAGAACAAUAAUCAGAUACUAGCAAGCCUUCCCCGCAGGGCUGGGAAUCAGUUGUUCUCAAGAUUAGGGCUGCAGCUUGGUCAGCAGCUCAGGUUUCCUUUACCACCUGGGAUCACAGGAAUUCUGUGGUAUUGCUCUCGCGUGGGAAUUCAGUUCAGUUCAGUGCAAUUCCUGUGGACAGACACUGCAGACCCACGUGGCGAGGCACUGUCUAGAUGUGUGUUAGUGUCCCCUAACGGAACACAAACCUGUUACCUGAAAACAGGUGACCAUUUAAGGAGAGAAACAGUACUUCAAGGGCACAAAAUUUUAGGGCCUAUAAGGAAGUUUCAGAGUGCAAAAAACUGUCGUCAAGGCCUUCAGCCAUGUAAAUUUAAGAGGAAGGACUCCUCCUGCACAGAAGUUACCUUGUCUAAGGAUGUUUGUUCCUUCUUCCUUCUUCCCAUCUGCCUGUUGUUCUUUUCUUUUCUUUCUUUCUUUCUUUUUUUUUUUUUUGAGAAGGAAGUCUUCCUAUGUUGCCCAGGCUGACUUCGAAAUCCUGGGCUCAAGGAUCGUCCUGUCUCGAUGCCUCACCUCCAGUUAGCUGGGACUAGUGCCUGGCUUUGUGUGCAUGUGUGUGUGCGUGCGUGGUCAUUUAGCAUUCCCCGCAAGAUCUACCAUUUCUUCCUCCUGAUAUUUUGAUGUUUUUCACCGUGACUUCUUAUCUCUAUAAAUUUAGGUUUGAAUGAACUUCAGCUCUCUAGAUGUUGAGAAUGAAAGGUACUAGUUAGAUGGAAUAAACAGCAGCAAAAUCCUGCCAUAACUAAGUAUCUUGUUUUGCCCUCUCCCUAUAAUUAGUAAGAGAAAUGGUGAGUGGUUUGAUAAGGGGAGAAAGUACAGCCAAUUUUCAGAGUCAUUAUGAAAGAAGCAGGAGAUGGAGGCUACGGCCCGUUGGAAUCUCUGCGUGCAAAUAUGCACAUCCUCAUUAAGGCUUUUAUUUUCAACCUCAAGUGCAAGGGGCUGUUGGAUAGAUGGAGGGAAAUCUUCCUCUCCCUCCUUGUUAGCUGACACAGUAUCAACAGUGAGAGCUCAAAUGCCAUCUCUGGGUUCUUUCCUAAUGUCCCAAGGAUUACCUCAAUCUCUUCCAGCAAGAGUUCCUCUGUUCUGUUACACUUUUUCUGGGUCUGGGCAAUCUGCAGCUCAGUAUUGAUUUUCAUGUAGCGAUUCUCCAAAUUGGUUUUUGCUUUCAUCUCUUGCAGUUGGUCCUUGAGGUUAGCAAUGUAUUCAUUCUGACUCUGUAGUGGAAAGACCAGGUUUCUAAACUGAAAAUACAUUCUACCUCCAUUGGGUUCAGUCAGUGGCUUCAGGUUCCUCUUUGUAUGUAUAAAUCAACAAGGAACUAGAACUAUUUUUCACACAAUGGGAAUUUUAGCCAACAAUCAUGAAGAGUACAGAUGAAAGAGAACACAGCAGUUCUGAGAAUCAGGGCUGUGAGAUUAGUUCCCAGGCACAUUAUCGGUGUACUCCGUAUUCCCCGCACAGAUUUCUUAUUGUGGGAGAGAGAUCACUGGUCAAAAUGAUCAAAAGAACUGACUUCCCACCCAAGCCUCCAGCUAUGUGAACUUGGCCAAGCCAAACUCUCCAACUUUUUUACCUUCUAUAAAUAAAAAAAAAUCUACUUUGCCUGAAAUAUCUCAGAGAGUGAUUAUUACGUUUCAUUCAUAAUAUGUGUGAAAACUCUUUUUGCAGGUCACCAAGUGCUUGCAAUUGUGAGGACUCAAUAUUCAUUAAGAAAAAUAUUGGGCCAGGCGCGGUGGCUCAAGCCUGUGAUCCCAGCACUUUGGGAGGUCGAGGCAGGCGGAUCACGAGGCCAAGAGAUCGAGACCAUCCUGGUCAACAUGGUGAAACCCCGUCUCUACUAAAAAUACAAAAAAUUAGCUGGGCAUGGUGUUGUGUGCCUGUAAUCCCAGCUACUCAGGAGGCUGAGGCGGGAGAAUUGCCUGAACCCAGGAGGAGGAGGUUGCAGUGAGCCGAGAUCGUGCCGUUGCACUCUAGCCUGGGUAACAAGAGCGUAACUCCGUCUCAAAAAAAAAAAUUUUUUUUUAAAUUAAAAAAGAAAAAUAUUUAUUCAGCACCAGGCAUUGAGCUAGGCACUAAGAAAAUAGUGAAGCUCUAAACAGACAUAUUCCCUGCUCCUGUAGAGCUUACGAUCCAAUAGAAGAGAUAUGGUUAAAAAGAAACAAAUAUGUGUGAACUUUUAAAAAUUGUGCAAAAUGAUAGAAAAGAAAAGCUUGACAGACUGUGGGAGAAAAUAGCAAAGGAGAAGUACAUUAGAUUGGAAGGUCUGGGAGGGACUCUCUUAGGAAAGCAAUGGUUUAUUCGAUACCUGAAGGAUAAGUAAACCCACCACAUGAAAAAUAGGGUUGGCUGGGUGCAGUGGCUCACACCUGUAAUCCCGGUACUUUGGGAGGCGGAGGCGAGUAGAUCACGAGGUCAAGAGAUCGAGACCAUCCUGGUCAACAUGGUGAAACCCCGUCUCUACCAAAAAUACAAACAUUAGCUGGGCGUGGUGGGGCGUGGGAGGCUGAGGCAGGAGAAUUACUUGAACCCGGAGGCGGAGGUUGAGGUGAGCUGAGAUCACGACAUUGCACUCCAGCCUGGGCAACAAGAGCAAAACUCCAUCUCAAGAAAGAAAGAAAAAGAGGAGAGAGAGAAGGAAGGAAGGAAGGAAGGGAGUGAGGGAGAGAGGGGAAAGAAAAAAGAGAAAGAAGAAAGAAAAAUAGGGUUAAGGGAAUUGUUAAGAAAACAUAUAUCCCCAAAUCCUGAAGCAGUCAAGACCUGGAUACAUUCCAGGAACUGAAAGAAAACUCUGGAGGCUCUAGACUAGUGAGGACUGAAGGGAGGACAAGGAGGUUGGAGAUAAGUGUACCACGCAGGACCUCAGAGGCCUGACUGAGAAAUUCAGAUUUUAUUCCGACUGUCAUGGGAACCCUUGGAAAGCUUUUAGUCAGGGGUAACAUUUGUUUGAAAGAACUGUUUGAGAAGAAACAAUGUGAGUAACUCCACAGAGAGGUGAUCAGUAGUCACCUGACAGCGUAACAAGCAAACACAACCAGCAACAGAAGUGCAUGGUUUCAGAUUUGCCCUCCUUUAAACGCCAACUGCCGUUUCUUUUCUUUUUCUUUUUCUUUGCGCUCUUGUUGCCCAGGCUGGAGUGCAACGGCGCGAUCUCGGCUCAUCAGAACCUCCGCCUCCUGGCUUCAAGCAAUUCUCCUGCCUUGGCCUCCCAAGUAGCUGGGGUUACAGGCACCCGUCAUCUCGCCCAGCUAAUUUUGUAUUUUUAGUAGAGAUGGGGUUUCCUCCAUGUUGGUCAGGCUGGUCUUGAACUCCCAACCUCAGGUGAUCCACCCACCUUCGGCCUCCCUAAGUGCUGGGAUUACAGGCGUGAGCCACCACCUUUCCAACCACCUUUCAUCUUAGUGUGUAAGUUGGGUAGAAUUAGUUUUUUAUUUAAAAAAAAUUCUUUUUUAGAGACAGGAUCUCCCUCUAUCACCCAGGCUGGAGUCCAGAGGCUUGAUCACAGCUCACUAACCUUCAGUUAGUUUCUGGGCUCAAGUGACCUCCCAAGUAGCUAGUACUACAGGUGUAUGCCAUCAUGCCCGGCUCACUUUUUAACAUUUUUAGAGAUGGGGGUCUCUCUAUGUUGCCCAGGUUGGUCUCAAACUCUUGGCUUCAAGGGAUCCUCCCGCCUUGGCCUCCUGAAGUGCCGAGAUUACAGGCAUGAGCCACUGCACCCAGCUUUUUUGUUGGUUUUUUUGGAGACAGGGUCUUGUUCUGUCACUCAAGCUGAAGUGCAGUAGCAUGAUCAUGGCUCACUGCAACUGUGACCUCUCAGGCUCAAGAAAUCCUCCUGCCUCAGCCUAUAGAGGCUUAUUAUUAUUAUCAUUAUUAUUGUAGAAACAGAGUUUCACGAUGUUGCCCAGGCUGGCCUCAAAACCCCGGGCUCAAAUGAUCCUGCCAUCUCAGCCUCCCAAAGUGCUAGGAUUACAGGCAGGAGCCACUGCUGCACCCAGCCUCAUUUUUUUUCUUGAGGUAGGGUCUUACUCUGUCCCCCAGGUUGUAGUACAGUGUCACCAUCGUAGCUCACUGUGAUCUUGAACUCCUAGGCUCAAGCAGUCUCCUGUCUUCAGCCUCCCAAGUAGCUAGGGAAUUAAUUCUAAGUAACUGCAGGAAAAACAAAGCGGUAAUUGGAAAAAUCCUCUAUUAAGGAAAGCAGACGUAGGCAGCAGUGCCCAGUCUUUUGGCUUCACUGGCCACAUUGGAAGAAGAAGGAUUGCAUUGGGCCACACAUAAAAUACACCAACAAUAGCUGACAGGCUAAAAAAAAUCACACAUACAACAUCUCUCCUAAUGUUUUAACAGAGUUUAUGAAUUUGUGUUGGGUCCCAAUCAAAGCCAUCCUGGGCCACAUGCGGCCUGCGGGUUGCAGGUUGGGUAAGCUUGACUUAAAGUGUCAUUAGGUCCCAGCCCGGCGGCAUGGCUCACCUAUAAUCCCAAAACUCUGUGAAAUCAAGGCAGAAGGAUCACUUGAACCCAGAAGUUCAAGACCGGCCAGGGCAACAUGGUGAAACCUGUCCUUGCAAAAAAAUUUAAAAACUAUCUAGGCCUGGUGGCAUGUACCUGUAGUCCCAGCUACUAGGGAGACUGAAGUGGUAGAAUCCCUUAAGCCCCAACGUCGAGGCUGCAGUGAGCUGUGUUCACGCCAUUGCACUUUAGCCUGGGCAAUAGAGUGAGACCCAGUCUCAAAAAAAAGAAAGAAAAAGAAUCAUAAGAUGAAUCAGAAUGGAAUUCUUCAAGUUAUUUUAUCUACUAACUUCUUGAUAUACCUCUACAGAAUCAUUCUAAUUGUAUGAGAGUUAUUCUAGCUAGAUCAGAAUCAUUCCAAAGAGACUCAGUAUUUCUGGCACAGAAUAUGCUAUAAGCCCUUUGAUAAUAUGUCUUAGUAUUUCAUAUUCUCUUACAAGUUGCAGGAUUGCAGGCAAAUUACUUAACCUCACUAAGCCUAUUUUGUCAUCCCAGUGCCUGGCACAAUCUGUAGGCUCAAUAAAUGUUGAUUAAAGGAAUUUUAAGAGCUAUCUGCUUUUGGCUCACUUUUCCUUCCAUUCUUUCUAUACACACUUUCCUUCUCCCCUGUCUUCCCCAUUUCUUCCCGUCCCCCUGCCCCGCUUUUUUUUGAGAUGGAAUCUUGCUGUAUUGCCCAGGCUGGAGUGCAGUGGUGUGAUCUCAGCUCACUGCAACCUCCACCUCCCAGGUUCAAACGAUUCUCUUGCCUCAGCCUCCUGAGUAUCUGGGAUUAUAAGCAUGUGCCACCACACUUGGCUAAUUUUUCUGUUUUUUUUUUUUUUUUUUUUUAGUAGAGACAGAGCUUCACCAUGUUGGCCAGGCUGGUCUGGAACUACUGACCUCAGGUGAUCUGCCCGCCUCAGCCUUCCAAAGUGCUGGGAUUACAGGUGUGAGCCACUGUGCUUGACCCAUUUCUCCUCUUUCUUCCUCUUCCCUCCCUUCUAUUCCCAAAUUGUAUGGCAGUCAGUGUUAAGGUGUGAAUCUUUUUUUUUUUUUUUUUUUUUUUUUUGAGAUAGGGUCUCGCUCUGUUGCCCAGGCUGGAGUGCAGUGGCGUGAGCACAGCUCACUGCAACCUCUACCUCUGGGGCUCAAGUGAUCCUCUCACCUCAGCCUCCCAAAUAGCUGGGCCCACAGGGGCAUGCUACCACGCCACCACUCCCAGCUAAUUGUAUUUUUUUUUUUUGGUAGAGAUAGGGUUUUGCCAUGUUUCCCAGACUGGUCUCAAACUCCUGGCCUCAAACAAUCCACUCGCCUCCACCUCCGAAAGUGCUGGAAUGACAGCCAUGAGCCACCGUGCCUGGCCUAGGUUUGAAUCUUUAAAUGACUGGAGUUAAAGUGAAAAUGUGACGGUUUUACUUCUUCACCUGGAUCCUUUUACCUAUAUUAUCCCUUAGAUUUCCUUCAAGGUCCAGCUUGUAUAUCACUUACGUAAAUAAAGCCUUUUGCAGAAAACCUUAGCCUGUAGGUUUUCUGUAGUUUUGUUUCUCACAGAAUCUAAAUAGUGUUAGACAGGUAUUUGUUAAAUAGUGUCCAUACAUACAAAUAUAUACUUUUGAAAACUCAAGAGUGUUUUCUGGUAAUUUUUCUUCCUCAAAUUCAAUAUUAAGACUUCAGAGUAAAAAUAUGAAGAUCAGAAAUGCAAAGUGAAAAGUCUUUAGCUUCUGCCUCUGGUAAACAGAAGGUAUUGCAUCAUGAAAGUGUUUAUAGGGACACACAACAUCGACAAUGCCAAGUCAAAGACAUCUGGUUUUAAUGCCAUUGCCAUGGGCCUCUGAGUACUCUGGGUUCCUCCUGGAUUGGUAUUUUGCACAAAUAUAUAUAUAUGUUUUUGAGACAGAGUCUCGCACUGUCACCCAGGCUGUAGUGCAGUGGUGCAAUCUCGGCUCACUGCAAUCUCCACCUCCUGGGUUCAAGCAUUCUCCUGACUCAGCCUCCCGAGUAGCUGGGACUACAGGUGUGCGCCACCACAAGUUAAUUAUUUUUUGUAUUUUAGUAGAGACGGGAUUUCAUCAUGUUGGCCAGGAUGGUCUAGAUUUCUUGACCUUGUGAUCCGCCUGCCUUGGCCUCCCAAAGUGCUGGGAUUGCAGCUGUGAGUCACUGUGCCCGGCCUUGCACAAACGUUUUUAUGACCCUCCAUGCUGACGGUGUGGAAACACAGGAGGAGGAUAAGAAACGCUGACAGGCCACUGAUGGUAAAAUCAUGACUGGGGUAUACUGACGAGCUGAAGUGCCAUUCCAUUUCCUCUUCUUCCCAGUGUGAAAGAAGAGCCAGCCUAGAAGCAGCCGGUCCAGGCCAAGGGUUUUGGGUUGCAUGAAUGCCUUUUCAGAUUUUACUAAGAAAACAUUUGCCUUCACUACAACAUGCAAUCCUAGUUGUCCACGGUGUCUGGAACUUUCCUCAUGGUCAGGUCCAUGGACUGAUGCAUCGCAUUUUUGGGUUUUCAUGGCUGACCCACGUUACUUCCAAAUCCCAAAAUUGCCCUCAGAUCUGGACUUCUGGACAUGUUAUUUGAAUUAAGAGAAGCACGAUUUACUAAUAAAAAGAGGCAGUCUACCAGUUCGAGUUAAUAAGGCUCUGAUGGCUGCCAUAAUAAUGUGAGCCAAGGGCUUUUUUUUUUUACUUUGAGACCGAGUCUCACUCUAUCGCCCAGGCUGGAGUGCAGUUCCGGCUCACUGCCACCUCCGCCUCCUGGGUUCAAAUGAUUGUCCUGCCUUAACCUCCUGAGUAACUGGGGUUACAGGCAUGUGCCACCACGCCCGGCUAGACGGUGUUUCACCAUGUUAGCCAGGAUAAUCUCGAUCUCCUGACCUUGCGAUCCAUCCGCCUCGGCCUCCCAAAGUGCUGAGAUGACAGGCAUUAGCCACCGCGCCCGGCCGAGCCACGGGCUUUUAAUGGUGGUGUCUGCUUUCAUAACUGUAAGCAAAGUACAGAACAGGGCACUGGUUCCUGGAAGUUUGGAAGCUACUGUCUGCGAAGUUGGCACUUGUCUUAUACCUAAGGUUGCCCCUCUGGUUGGAAAGCAAAAGGAAAAUGGGGAUGUGAUGUAGUCUAUUAAAGAGAUAGAAGCCACAGGAAAAAAAAAAUUCUCUAUUAAGUUAACAUUUAUGGCCAGACAUGGUGGCUCAUGCCUGUAAUCCCAGCACUUUGGGAGGCUGAGGUGGGCAGAUCAUUUGAGGUCAGGAGUUUGCGACUAGCCUGGCCAACAUAGCAAAAACCCAUCUCCACUAAAAAAAUACAAAAAUUAGCCAGGUGUGGUGGUACACCCCUGGAAUCCCAGCUACUUGGGAGGCUGAGGUAGGAGAAUCACUUGAACCCUAGAGGCGGAGGUUGUGGUGAGCCGAGAUCACACCACUACCCUCCAGCCUGGGGGAGAGAAUGAUUCUAUGUCUUAAAAAAAAAUAACAUUUCUAUUUGUCUGCGUGACCCUGACUUAGAAUACUGGCUGAUACUAUAUGAGUCCAUAGACUCAGAAUAAACUCUGAGCUGCAAUAAUCCUAGUUACUUGGGAGGCUGAGGUAGGACUGCUUGAGGCCAGGAGUUCAAGACCAGCUUGGGCAACAAAGAGAGAUCCACAUCUCAAUUAAAAAAAAAAAAAAUGUCGAGGCACAGUGGCUCACACCUGUAAUCCCAGCACUUUGGGAGGCCAAGGGAGGUGGAAUACUGCCUCGUACCAGGAGUUCCAGACCAGCCUGGGCAACAUGGCAAAACCCUGUCUCUACUAAAAAUACAAAAUUAGCUGGGCCUGGUGACAUGCGUUUUACUGUUAUUUUGUUGCUGCCGUUAGAUUCAAUGCUAGGUACUUGAUGGUGUUGACACUAUGGUAAGUAAUAUAUGUAAAUUUUCAAUUUUCUACUCUAAGUCUGUUAUGGAUAUAAAAAAGACAAUUUUUUUUUUCUUUUUGAGAUGGAGUCUUGCUCUGUCACCAUGCUGGAGUACAGUGGCGCAAUCUCAGCUCACUGCAACCUCUGCCUCCUGGGUUCAAGUGAUUCUCCUGCGUCAGCCUCCCAAGGAGUUGGGACGGCAGGUGCGCACCACCACACCCAGCUAAUUUUUGUGUUUUUAGUAGAGACAGGGUUUCAGCAUGUUGGCCAGGAUGGUCUCGAUCUCUUGACCUCAUGAUUUGACUGACUUGGGCUCCCAAAGUGCUGGGAUUACAGGUGUGAGCCGCCACACCCCACCAAAAGAUAAUCUGUAUAUACAGAUCUUGGUUCUUUUUUCCCAGUAGUUUCGUGAAAGUUCUGAUCCACUGUUACCUUGUUUUGUAUGCUGAUGUUCAGAAGUCUGAAACUUUCUUCCUUUGUGACUUUUUGCCUAGUGUCUAAGGCAAUUGCUCCAAACAUCCCAGCUACCACAAAACGCUGCAUUCUUGUUGGCGUCAUUUUCUGACCCACAUGUCCCUAAUGUCCAGGCGCUUCCUAUCUUCUUGUUUCCAACCUUGACUACUGGUUUUCAGUAACUCUAGGGAUUUAACUUGAUUUCAUUUUGAUCGUUGUUUUUCUGUUCCAAGGCUUGCCUUGGAUCUGCUGGUCUUGAUGCCUCCCUCUAUUCCUUCCCUCCUUCCUUUCUUCCUUCUCUCCUUCCCUCCUUUCUUUUUCCUCCCUCCCUCCCUCCCUCCCUCCCUCCUUCCCUCUCUCUUUUUCUCUUUCUUUCGAGAUCCGGUACAAAGCAUAAUCUUGGUUUCUUAACCUAUUCUUUUGCUGAUGAUCAUAAUAUCUGAAUGAUACUCAGCUUCCUAAGUAGCUGGGACUACAGGCGCGCGCCACCAUGCACUGCUAAUUUUUGUAUUUUUAGUAGAGACAGGGUUUCACCAUGUUGGUCAGGCUGGUCUCCAUCUCCUGACCUCGUGAUCCACCCACCUCGGCCUCCCAAAGUGCUGGGAUUAUAGGCAUGAGCCACUCGCCUGGCCAUCCUCUGUAACUUUCUUUUUUUUUUGAGACAGAUUUUCACUUUUGUUGUCCAGGCUGGUGUGCAAUGACUUGAUCUUGGCUCACCACAACCUCCACCUCCCAGGUUCAAGCGAUUCUCCUGCCUCAGCCUCUCGAGUAGCUGGUGUUACAGGCGUGCACCACCACACCUGGCUAAUUUUGUAUUUUUAGUAGAGACAAAGUUUCUUCAUGUUGGUCAGACUGGUCUCAAACUCCCGACUUCAGGUGAUCCGCCUGCCUCGACCUUCCAAAGUGUUGGGAUUACAGAUGUGAGCCACUGUGCCCAGCCAUCCUCUGUAACUUUCUAGACUGCUCAUAAGAAAAGCUGUCCGUUAUCCUGAUACAGCUUGUUUCUAACUGCUUAGAUUGUAGCCCCAACUUUGUUUUGCAAGUCAGUUCCUUAAAACUUGGGAUGUAUUUUCUUGUAAAGUACUCUAGAUAUGAGGUUGGGUCCUAGUGACCACAAAAGCUCACAAAUCCACUUUGUCCUUGAAAUAUAAUACGAAUGCCAUGAUUAAGCCUAACCGCCACGUAUAAGAAGAUGUAUAAUGUGCUUAAUGUCUUCUCUAGGAAUAUAAUUUUGCAUCUGGGAUUUAAGAAUAUAAGAGGCUGCCUGAGACUAGGUCCCCUGUGGGAGAGGGGUGGACGGUGUAUGUGGGGUAGGAUAUGAGGAUGAGGACUAACAGCUUCAGGGAGUUGGGGUCUCACAGGGCUCUGCACUCAAGAGAAACCUGUACAACCCAGGCCAGAUCACUAGUUGCUCUCUUUAUAUUUUCUUUUUCUUUUUUUGAGACAGAAUCUUACUCUGUCGCCCAGACUAGAGGGCAAUGGCGAUAUCUCAGCUCACUGCAACCUCCCAGGGUUCAAGCGAUUCUCCUGCCUCAGCUUCCCAGGUAGCUGGGAUUACAGGCAUGCAUGACCACACCUGGCUAAUUUUUUUUUUUUUUUGAGACGGAGUUUUGCUCGUUACCCAGGCUGGAGUGCAAUGGCGCGAUCUCGGUUCACCGGAACCUCCACCUCCUGGGUUCAGGCAAUUCUCCUGCCUCAGCCUCCUGAGUAGCUGGGAUUACAGGCACGCGCCAUCAUGCCCAGCUAAUUUUUCUAUUUUUAGUAGAGACGGGGUUUCGCCAUGUUGACCAGGAUGGUCUCGAUCUCUUGACCUCAUGAUCCACCCACCUCGGCCUCCCAAAGUGCUGGGAUUACAGGCACGCACGACCACACCCGGCUAAUUUUUAUAUUUUUAGUAGAGAUGGAGUUUCACCAUGUUGGCCAGGCUGGUCUCAAACUCCUGACCUCAGGUGAUCCACCCACCUUGGCCUCCUAAAGUGCUGGGACUCCAGGUGUGAGCCACUGUGCCUGGCUAUAUUUCAACAGUAAAGGAAUGCCAGAAGAAACAAUGAUCUUUUAUGCGUAACUCUUCUCUGCUUGAGAAAGAUAGCAUCCAUUUAUUUAAUAGCUAUGUUAGCUCAGUCACUUUUGGUGUUACGCAGGUAAUUCUUACCUGUACUUCAAAUUGCUGUUCUUUUUUGACGUUAAUUAGCUGUUUUUGAAGGGAUAUUAUCUGUUUUCUUCCUUUUUCCUCCCUAGAAGAAAUGAGAAUGAUUUGUGUUCAGAGCAGAGCUUCUCAAACCUUGGAGUGCACGAGGGUCACCCUGCACACAAAACACCAAACUCCUCACACCUGUGAUCCCAGAACUUUGGGAGGCCAAGGUGGGUGGAUCACCUGAGGCCGGGAGUUCAAGACCAACCUGGCCAACAUGGUGAAACCCCAUCUCUACUAAAAAUAUAAAAAUUAGCUGGGUGUGGUGGCUCAUGACUGUAGUCCAAGCUACUUGGGAGUCUGAGGCAGGAGAAUCACUUGGACCCAAGAGGCAGCGGUUGCAGUGAGCUGAGAUCAUACCACUGUACUCCAGCCUGGGCAACAAGAGCAAAACUCCAUCUGAAAAAACAAACAAACAGAAACCAAAUUCCUGGCCUCUACUCCCAGAGACUGAUUCAGCAGGUCUGGGAGGGGAGCCUGAAAGGUGCUGCUCUGUCGAGCUCCCAGGUGAUGCUAUUGGUGCUGGUCCAAUAACACAUUUGCAAUAACACUUUUUAAAAGACAAUUUGUUUUAAUAAUUUGGAGGAAGAUUUUCUGGCUUAUCAGUAUUAAAUCUAAAAUAGCUGCCCCUGAGAAAAAGUGAAGAAGAGAAGGACAGCAGGAGGAGAAAGAAGAACCCUUUCUACUUUGGGCACUCUCAUUACGUAUUCUUCCCCUCAAAACAGCCUUCCGAGGUAAUCCAUCAUUAUCCCUGUUUUACAGAGAGGGCUAAGGUAGCUUGAUAUACUGGAUGUGAGAAUGUGCCUCACCAGGCUCCAACUACAGGGAUGGAGGUUGGGUCCGAAUGACCACAGAAGCUCACAAAUCCACUUUGUCCUGGAAAUCAGGACAUACAAAAGCAAGGGUUACAGCUUCUAGGCUCCAAAAUCCUUUGCUGUGUGUGUUCCGGGACCACACUUCCCACAGACUGCUCCCACCCAGUGAAGUGUGGCAGGAAUAGUAUGGAGCAAGCCUUUCCGGGGAGCCAGGACUUCUCUGAUGGUUGACUUUAGUUCAAGGACCCCUGAAGACCUUGCCAAACAUAGCAGGGGCUUCCACCCCUCUCCUUCUCUUGGGGUCGGCAUUUCCUCUCACACAGACAUUUCCCCUGAUAGUCUUUGCACGAAUCAUUCCAUCUUGGCAUCGAUUUCUCAGAAGACCUGGACUUACAUACUUGCCAUGGUCACACGAACAGUAAAUGGCAGAAGGGGUUCAAACUCAGUACGCUCUGACACCAGAGCCUGAGAACUUAACUAUAUUACUGUUUCCCGGUUUGCUCUCAGAAACAGCCUUCUGCUCUCUCCAGCAAUACCAUUAUUUAGGUUUAAAACAAACAAAAAAUAGCAAAACAAUACCAGAAUAAACAAAACAACAAAAAAAGACUUCUUACUAAACCGCAGCUAGGUAAACAUUUUUACUCAAGAGUUUUUAUUUUUAUUUUUGUUUAUUUAUUCUGUUCUGUAGGCUGGAGUCCAGUGGUGUGAUCUCAACUCACUGCAACCUCCACCUCCCAGGUUCAAGCAAUUCUCCUGCCUCAGCUUCCUGAGUAGCUGGGAACUACAGGUAUACGCCACCACGCCCAAGUAAUUUUUGUAUUUUUAGUAGAGGAAGGAUGUCACCAUGUUGGCCAGGCUGUCUCGAACUCCUGACCUCCAAUGAUCCACCCACCUCAGCCUCCCAAAGUGCUGGGAUCACACGCAUGAGCCACCAUGCCCGGCUCUCCGUUCCCUCUUGAAACAAUACUAAAAUAACAGGCAAGAAAAUAAUAAAAGGUAUAAACUUAUAAAGACAAAGAGAUUGGCCAGGCGUGGUGGUUCACACCUGUAAUCCAAGCACUUUGGAGGCGAAGGUGGGUGGUCACCUGAGGUUGGGAGUUGAAAACCAGCCUGACCAACAUGGUGAAAUCCCGUCUUAAAAAAAAAAAAAGACAGAUUGGAAGAAGAAAGAAUGCAGUUGACAUACAUCAGCAAAACUAAAGAAGAUAUAAAGCAGACAAGAGAAAAAUGAGAUCUAAAUGUGUACAGAAUGAGAAGCCAAGAAGAAAACUGAAUAAAACUACAGCCCCCCAGAAAAGCGCAGCACAUGGAGGCACCACACACCUUCUUGUCUGUUGGUUUGUUUUUGUUUUGUUUGGUUUAGACAGUCUCCCUCUGUUGCCCAGGCUGCUGGAGUGCAGUGGCGCAGUCUCGGCUCAUUGCAACCCCACCUCCCGGGUUCAAGUGAUUCUCCUGCCUCAGCCUCCUGAGUAGCUGGGAUUACAGGUGACUGCCAUCACACCUGGCUAAUUUUUUGUAGUUUUGGUAGAGAUGGGGUUUCGCCAUGUUGGCCAGGCUUGUCUCGAACUCCUGACUUCGUGAUCCACCCACCUUGGCCUCCCAAAGUGCUGGCAGAUGUGAGCCACUGCGCCCAGCUACAGGGUUAAAUCUGAGUGGAGUGAUUGAAAGUCUGGCAAAGGAGCAUUAUGACCUUUUGAUUCCCUUCCUCACCCGUUGUGGUCAGGCAACUGCCUGUCCUCAUCUUGGGAUAUCAUGGGUGUAUUGUUAGUUUUGGCUAGGUUUCCUGGAAGAGUUGAACCAAGGAUUUGGACUUGGAGACAGAACCAGACACAGCUGGAAGUGGAGAUGAAAGGCCGUGCUAAAAAUAGGGGGAUCUGCUGGGCGUGGUGGCUCAAGCCUAUAAUCCCAGCACUUUGGGAGGCUGAGGCGGGUGGAUCAUCAGGUCAAGAGAUCGAGACCAUCCUGGUCAACAUGGUGAAACCCCAUCUCUAUUAAAAAUACAAAAAAUCAGCUGGGCAUGGUGGUGUGUGCCUGUAAUCUCAGCUACUCAGGAGGCUGAGGCAGGAGAAUUGCCUGAACCCAGGAGGCGGACGUUGCGGUGAGCCGAGAUUGUGCCAUUGCACUCCAGCCUGGGUAACAAGAGCGAAACUCCGUCUCAAAAAUAAAAUAAAAUAAAUUAGCCAGACAUGGUGACACACAUCUGUGGUUCUAGCUACUUGGGAGGCUGAGGCAGGAGAAUCACUUGAGCCUGGGAGGUUGAGGCUGCACUUUAGCCUGGGCAGCAGAGCAAGUCCCAGUCUUAGAAAAAUAAGAAGAAGAAAGAAAGAGUUGCAAGACAAAGUUAAGGAAAUCUCUCUAAGAGCAGAAUAAAAACAAUGCUGAUGGUAAAUGAGCAAAAAAGGACGAGAAAAAUGCAGGAUCAAUCAUUACUGGAUGAACAUCUAAAGGGAGUUUCAGGCCGGGCGUGGUGGCUCACGCCUGUCAUCCCAACACUUUGGGAGGCCGAUGUGGGUGGAUCACUUGAGGCCAGGAGUUCGAGACCAGCCUUGCCAACAUGGUGAAACCCCAUCUCUAUUAAAAAUACAAAAAUUAGCUAGGUGUGGUGGCGCAUGCCUGUAGUUCCAGCUACUUGGGAGGCUGAGGCAGGAGAAUCGCUUGAACUGGGAGGCAGAGGUUGCAGUGAACUGAGAUCAGGCCAUUGUGCUCCAACUUGAGUGACAGCAAGAUUCUGUCUCAAAAAAAAAAAAAAAUGGAGUUUCGGAAAGAAUUCCUAAGUUGAAAGGUCCUGGAAAAGAAAAACUUUCCUUGUCAUUCAUUUGUUAUUGUUCAGUGAUUUUCAAUGAAUUCAAUCUUAAGAAAGACUAACAGAGAAGGAAGAAUAGUCUUGAUGUAUUGUAAAUACAGAUAAUGAAGGCCCAGCAAUCUGAAUUAUUGUCCCAGCAGAACUAGGAAGAAAACCCAAAUUCUGACUUCUAGUUAUCUUCCCUGGAAAGCAAAUGGUUGGUUUGCUUUAGAAUCAAGGAUUUCCAGUACGAGUGUUACAGCACUUUAAAAUGCAGCAAAGCAAAUAACCCUAACGGUAUUCUUACCUGGCAAUGAUACCACAGAAAUACGGUAUUCUCACCUGGCAAUGACACCACAGAAAUACGGUAUUCUCACCUGGCAAUGACACCACAGAAAUACGGUAUUCUCACCUGGCAAUGACACCACAGAAAUACGGUAUUCUCAACUGGCAAUGACACCAUAGAAAUGCGGUAUUCUCAACUGGCAAUGACACCAUAGAAAUGCGGUAUUCUCAACUGGCAAUGACAUCAUAGAAAUACGGUAUUCUCACCUGGCAAUGACACCAUAGAAAUACGGUAUUCUCACCUGGCAAUGACAUCACAGAAAUGCGUUUUCUUCCCCCUCUCUUUGCUCAAAGCUUGCAGGAGAUUGUUGAAAGUGCCCGAAUCUUCCAACUCCUUAAUGGUAUCUGCAAUCACAUCACUGAAAAACUGCCUGAGAGGAGAAACAAAACAAAAAAAAGAUGAGUUAAUACAUUAAAUUUUCAAGCCAGGUGCAGCGGCAUGUGCCUUAAUCCCAGCUACUUGGGAGGCGGAGGUGGAAGAACUGCUUGAGCCCAGGAGUUUGAGAUCAGCUGGGACAACAUAGCAAGACCUGGUUUCAAAACAAACAAAAUAUGUAUGUAUAUGUAUAUAUAUUUCCCUAUAUUCACAAAGGGCUACAGACGUCACACAAGUUAAGACCCAGGCCAGGCGUGGUGGCUCAUGCCUGUAAUAUCAGCACUUGGGAGGCCAAGGCAGACAGAUCACUUGAGGUUAGACGUUUGAAACCAGCUUGUAUUUUGUAUUUCCACGGGGAAAUACAAAAAUUAGCCAGGUGCAGUAGUGCGUGCCUGGAAUCCCAGCUGCUCAGCAGGCUGAGGCGGGAGAAGUGCUUGACUCUAGGAGGCGGAGGUUGCAGUGAGCUGAGAUUGCACCACUGCAAUCCAGCCUGGGCAACAGAGCAAGACUCUGUCUCAAAAAAAGAAAAAAAAAAGUUUGAUUAGGUCUUUAAAAAAUUUUUUUUAAAUGAUUUAACUUUUUUCAAAAUUAUGAAGUAUUUCAAAAAUUUAGAAAGUAUAAUGAAUAUUUCUGCAUAUAACACAAAAUUUAAAUAUUUUACCAUGGUAGAGACUUGGUUUUUCAGACAUAUGUCAAAUAUAUUUGAAGUCUCUAAUCCCAGUCCCUCAACCUUCCCCAAAGACAACCACUCUUCUGAAUCCGGUGAUGAUUAUUCUCUGGCAUGUUGUGAUACUUUCAUUAUGUGUUUGUGCAUUUUAUUUAAAUAAUACAUGUAGUUUCACUUUUUUUUUUGAGACAGAGACUCACUCUAUUAGCCAGGUUUAUGGUGGUGCUAAGAGGUUUUUGCUGUUGGUUUUUAAAUGAUGAAUGUAUGUGGAAUUUUGCCAAAUGCCUUUUCUGCAUCGCUUGAUCUUUCUUUUUAUUUCUUCUUUUUUUUUUUUACAUUUUCCAAAGCUAAACUAUUUUUGUCUUCCUGGGAUAAUUCCAAUUUCAUUAUGAUUUUUGAGAUGGAGUGUCGCUGUGUUGCCCAGGCUGGAGUGCAGUGGUGUGAUCUUGGCUCACUGCAACUGCUGCCUUCCAGGUUCAAGCGAUUCUCCUGCCUCAGUCUCUUGAGUAGCUGAGAUUACAGGCACACACCACCACACCUGGCUAAUUUUUGUAUUUUUAGUAGAGUCAGGGUUUCACCAUGUUGGCUGGGCUGAUCUUGAACUCCUGACCUCAUGAGGAGGCACCACUACACUCUAGGAUGGGCGACAGAGUAAGACUCUGUCUGCAAAGAAGGAAAAAAAUAAAUGAAAGGGAACUUUGUGAUUUUUAAAAAUUAUUAAUUAAUGUAUUUAUUUAUUUAGAGAUAGAGUCUCACUUUCCAGGCUCAGGUGAUUCUCACAUCUCAGCCUCCAGAGUAGCUGAGACCAUAGGCACGCACCAUCAUGCCCAGAUAAUUUUUUUUAUUUUUAGUAGAGAUGAGAUUUCACUGUUGCCCAGGCUGGUUUCAAACUUCUGGGCUCAAGCAAUUCUUCCACCUUGGCCUCCCAAAGUGGUAGAAUCUCAGGUGUGAGCCACCACCUCCAAUCUAUUGUCAUUUUUAUGUCUUUAAUAUUGUGAUUUCCACUUUGAUUCUGGAUAACUGUGGAAGAUGUACAUUUCAUGAGUAUACCCUGGGUUUUUUUUUUUGAGACGGAGUCUCACACUGUCACCCAGGCUGUAUUGCAGUGAAGUGAUCUUGGCUCACUGAAAUCUCCGCCUCCUUGGUUCACUGCCUCAGCCUCCCAAGUAGCUGGGACUACAGGCGUGCACCACUGCGCCCAGCUACUUUUUUUGUAUUUUUAGUAGAGACGGGGUUUCACCAUGUUGGCCAGGAUGGUCUCGAUCUCCUGAUCCUGUGAUCCGCCUGCCUUGGCCUCCCAAAGUGCUGGGAUUACAGGUGUCAGCCACUGCACUCGGCCACGCUGGGUUUCAUAUGGAAUAUAAACCUAAAACUAAUCCCCUACAAAUAAUCUGAGACUGGUAUUUUGGGUCUUUCAAGAAAAGAUAUGAGUCACACACUGAGAAUGGAAAGGACGUUAACUGCACUGGGCAAUGUAUAAGCAGGACACCCUUCUGUCAGAUGCAAAUCUGGGCCAGACUGACUUGAGCAGCGGAUCUUACCCUUGGUUAGGGUCUAAUACCAAGGUCAGCAAACUUUUUCUGUAAAGGGACAAAUAGUAAAUAUUCGGCUUUGCCUCCCAUAAGUUCUCUUAGGCAAUGACUCAACUCUGCAUUGUGGCAUGAAAGCAGUCACAGACAACGUAUAAACAAAUGGGCAAUACUGUAAUCCAGUAAAUCUUCAAAAACAGAUUUCAUGCUGGAUUUAGCUCGUGGCACUGGGUGAACUGCAGUAAACUCAUUUACCAAAAGUUCUUGGCAUAAUGUUACAGCCUCUUAAACUUAACAGGUUUGUCAUCGAAUCAGCUGACAACAAAAAAUUAUGAGGCAAUGGGGAUUUAAGAAACCCUCAGGGUUAAAACACAGUUAAAAUUUGGCUAUCCAGCAGCUAUUUCCUAUUAAUGAAUAAAGCAUCACAAUAGCUACCAAUAUGUGCCAGGUACUCAGCUAGAGCCUUAUUUCUAACUCUUACACUACUGUUGCAAGGCUGCUAUUAUUGUCAUUUUUUUUUUCAAGACAGAUUCUUGCUCUGUUGCCCAGGCUGGAGUGCAGUGGCGUGAUCUCAGCUCACUGAAACCUCCACUUCCCAGGUUCAAGCAAUUCUCCUGCCUUAGCCUCCUGAGUAGCUGUGAAUACAGGUGCACGCCACCAUGCCCAGGUAAUUUUUGUGUUUUUAGUAGAGAUGGCGUUUCACCUUGUUGGCCAGGCUGGUCUCAAACUGCUGACCUCAUGAUCUGCCCACCUUGGCCUCCCAAAGUGCUGGGAUUACAGGUGUGAGCCACUGUGCCUGGCCCAUUCUCAUUUUCAGUGAUUAAAAACAGCCAGUGUGCCCGUAGUUCCAGCUAUGCGAGAAGAUCACUCGAAGCCAGAAGCCUGAGGAUGGCAGUGCUCUGACAUCUCCUGUGAAUAGUUACUGCCCUCCAGCCUGGGCAACAUAGUGACCUAGUCUCUAAGAAAUAAGCAGUAUGCAGGCAUAUGUCUGAAGGAAAAAAAAGAAUUUUAAAAAUAAAUAAAAUAAAAAUUGGAAACAAAGACAUAAUAACUUGUACGGUGGCUCACGCCUGUAAUCCCAACACUUUGGGAGGCUGAGGCAGGUGGAUCACCUGAGGUCAGGAGUUUGAGACCAGCUUGGCCACCAUGGUGAAACCGUCUCUACCAAAAAUACAAAAAUUAGCCAGGCAUGGUGGUAUACACCUGUAAUCCCAGCUGUUCAGGAGGCUGAGGCAGGAGAGUCGUUUGAACUCAGGAGGUAGAGGCUGCAGUGCCCGAGAUCGCACCAUUGCACUCCAGACUGGGCCGCAAGAGUAAAACUGGGUCUGAACACAAAAAAGCCUUAGUAACUUGUGCAAUAUCAUAUAGCCACCUUGCUUUCCAUUCGGGUCACCCGGCCGCUGAUUAGCUAACCCUAUUCUCAGCAGUCAAUCUGCAUACACAGUAAUGAUUAACCCACAGAAGAGAGCAGCCAGCCACCCAGGCACCCAUUCUCCCAUCUACGUGUAAAUACACGAUUCCAUUGCAAAACGUGUCCCUUCCUUACCUAUCGAGCUGAAUUUUCUUCAGUGUCUCCGCAGUCAUUAUGGUCUGCCUUGUAGGAUUUUUGAAGAUAAGAUCCUGCAUUUUGUUAAACUCCACAGGAAAUUGGCCUCUUUGUCCGAUUUCUGGCAAAUCGGGUUCUUCUUUGGGUAUUAAUGGAUGAGGUAUUUUUGUGAUUGUUGAGGCCAUUGGAAGUUUGUGUAGAUUCUUUCCUUCUAGAUUCAUUUCUCCACUUUUCUUUUCAAAACAAUAAAAAAAUUAGAAAGUUUUUUUUUUUUUUUUUUAAAGAGAUAAUACUACAAGAAAGAGGCUUUUGUCUACAUUUUUUUUCUCUCUUUUUUUUUUUUUUUUUGAGAUGGAGCCUUGUCUGUCACCCAGGCUGGAGUGCAAUGGCGCAAUCUCAGCUCACUGCAACUUCCACCUCCUGGGUUCAAACAAUUCUCCUGCCUUAACCCCUGGAGUAGCUGGGAUUAUAGGCAUGUGCCACCAUGCCCAGCUAAUUUUUUUAUCUUUAGUAGAGAUGGCGUUUCACUGUGUUGGCCAGGCUGGUCUCAAUCUCUUUUUUUUUUUUUUUAGACGGAGUCUCACUCUUGUUACCCAGGCUGGAGUGCAAUGGCGCGAUCUCGGCUCACCGCAACCUCCACCUCCUGGGUUCAGGCAAUUCUCCUGCCUCAGCUUCCUGAGUAGCUGGGAUUACAGGCACGCGCCACCAUGCCCAGCUAAUUUUUUUUUGUAUUUUCAGUAGAGACGGGGUUUCACCAUGUUGACCAGGAUGGUCUCGAUCUCUUGACCUAGUGAUCCACCCGCCUCAGCCUCCCAAAGUGCUGGGAUUACAGGCAUGAGCCACCGUGCCCGGCUACAUUUUCAACAUUAUUGUUUCUGACUUAUUCUCUACACUCCAAGAAAAUGUGCCGUUUUCUUCAGCCACACCAAACCAUAUCCUGCUGCUAACUUCACACAGCAUUCCCUUUCUCUCUCAUUCCCCAACUUACCGCCUGGUUAAUUGAUCAAAAGUAAAGUUCUGGCCGGGCGCGGUGGCUCAAGCCUGUAAUCCCAGCACUUUGGGAGGUUGAGGUGGGUGCAUCACGAGGUCAAGAGAUGGAGACCAUCCUGGUCAACAUGGUGAAACCCCGUCUCUACUAAAAAUACAAAAACUUAGCUGGGCAUGGUGGCGCGUGCCUGUAAUCCCAGCUACUUGGGAGGCUGAGGCAGGAGAAUUGCCUGAUCCCAGGAGGCGGAGGUUGAGGUGAGCCGAGAUGGCGCCAUUGCACUCCAGCCUGGGUAACAAGAGCGAAACUCCGUCUCAAAAAAAAAAGUAAAGUUCUUUGUGAAAUAUCUCUGUUAGCAGGCAUUUAUCAUACCGUAAUUUUUUAUAAAGUAUCUCCAUCAGAUUGUGGUUUCUAGGAGGGAAGGGACAUUGUCUUAGUGAUCUUGGGUCACUUCAAAAAAAACUUUUUUUGAAGACUAAAGUUAUUUUUGGAACAAGAUUGGAUGUGGCCAUCUUUAUAGUACCAUUGCUUAGAACAAUGACUAGCAUAUAGCAGAGACUCAAAUGUUCAUUGAACAUAGGAAUUUGAAAUAUAAAUAAAAAAGGAGAAUCAUACUGAAAGCAGAGGCUGAUAGUAGAUUUGGCAGUAUGAUGUAGAUUUUGAUGAUCACGGAGGGAAAAGCCAGAAUAAUUUCUUUUUCAGACCCAAACUUGAAUGUUAAAGAACACAGGAACAGCACAUGCCUUUUAGUUGACGAUGCCUAUGUAGACUAAACUGGCUAAAAGUUGAGCCACUGAGGGGCCAUGUGACUUAGGGACGACACACAUGGAUUCUGAAGCCAUGUGAUUUACGGAAGACACACAUGGAUUCUGAAGCCAUGUGACUUAGGGACGACACACAUGGAUUCUGAAGCCAUGUGACUUAGGGACGACACACAUGGAUUCUGAAGCCAUGUGAUUUACGGAAGACACAUAUGGAUUCUGAAGCCAUCUUUGCAUCCGGCUCUGUCUCUAAACUGUACUGACCUUGGGCAACUAUCUGACAUCUCUGUGUCCCCAUUUUCCCACUGGUAAAAUAAGUAGUUAUCAUCUUAUAUUUUGUAUAAGGGAAUAAGCAGAAAAUGUAAGCUCUAGGGGGCCUCAUUGUCUCUUUUAUUUAAAUAAAUAAUUUUUUUUUUUUGAGACAAAGUCUCACUCUGUCACCGAGGCUGGAGUGCAAUGGCGCUAUCUUGGCUCACUGCAAUCUCUGGGAGGCCCCAUUUUCUGAGUUCCCUAACACUAUUCCUCUGCCUUUAUACUUGGACGCUGGAAAGGGAAGCAAAUGUGUCACAUGUCCUGAUUUACUGAGUACUAGAAACAGCACUACACUCCAGCCUAGGUGACAGAAUGAGACUCUGCCCCCAUCCCCCCAAAAAAGAAAACAAGGAAGAAAGAAAGAACAUAAACAUAAUGGGAUAGGUACUAUAAAUGAUGGAGAAAUAAAAAAUAAAUAAAGCAAAAUUAACUAACGGUGAGCGAGUAUGUACCAUGCUGAUGCUCUGUCUUCCCUCGUACUGAAUCAGCAUGAUGUACUUUAAAAUAGAGAGCUGGUCUAUGGCAUCCUCCAGGACUGCAGAGACCCUCAGCACAUCUGGAAGGGAGAGUGGCUGUAGGAUUUCAAGGAUUUCUGGGAUGAUUUCUACACCUGUUUCUUUAGGUAGUCCUUCUUCUUCUACGGUACUAGGUGGUUCGCCUGUCAC